AUGAGAAAAAUAAAAAUUCUGGAGAUCUUAAUAAUAUAUUAUAUAUUAAUUUUUAUAAAUGAUGGAAAUAAAGUUUUUAUAAAAUCCAAUUUUAUUUCCAAAAGUCCUAGAUAUAAAUGUUUUGCAAAUUAUAGGAACAAAUACUUGAACUUUAUGAUAAGGACAAAUUAUACUACAAAAAAGAAGAUUAAUAUAUAUGAAAAUCCUUUAUAUUACAAAAAAAAGAAAAAACAUAUAUUGAAAGGAAAUAAGAGUAUUACAAGACGUUUAUUUACAUUACAACCAAAUAAAAUUUCAAGUAAAAGUGGAUUAGAACCAUCAAAAAGUGUAUUAAAACAUAUAAAAAAGAAAUACAAUUUAGGAAAUUCCAAUUAUAGAAUCCAAAAAGAGUUAAAUAAUUUUUUAAAAAAUCCACCUAUUAAUUGCACUAUAGAUGUGCACCCAAAUAAUAUCAGAGUUUGGAUUGUACAGUAUGUGGGAUUGGAAAAUACCAUAUACGCUAAUGAAGUUUAUAAAAUAAAAAUUAUUUUUUCAAAUGAUUAUCCAUUGAAACCACCUACUGUAUAUUUUCUUCAGAAACCACCAAAACACACCCAUGUAUAUUCAAAUGGGGAUAUAUGUUUAAGUUUAUUAGGUGACGACUAUAAUCCUAGUUUAUCUAUUUCUGGUUUAAUUUUAUCAAUUAUAUCUAUGUUAUCAUCAGCAAAAGAAAAAAAAUUACCAAUUGAUAAUUAUACACAUGCAGAUGCAAAACCUGGAAGUAGUCAAAAUAAUUUUCUUUAUCAUGAUGACAAAUGCUAA